CGUUAUUGGUGGUUCCAUUAUGCUCUGAAGUGCUUGUACAAAUCUUCUUUUUAUUUCUUUUUUAUACUUUUGUUUGCAUAUCAAGUGCUACAUAUAUAUGUCCACUAAAGUUUCAUCAUGGGCCAAAUUAGUUAAGUUGCAUGACAUGAUAUGGCACUGCUAGGUAACACUUUUUGACCAAACAUUAAUUAUUGUAUGAUUAUCUCAAACCCCUGGUGGUAUAUAUCUUAUGUGGGUUUUGCUUUGUCUAUUAAGUAUAGUCUAAUUACUACUAAAUCAAUCAUGGUUUAAUUAUAUAAAUACACACACACACACACAGACAAACACUCACUUGUGCACACCAAAUUGUGAACUCGACGUUCCUCGACUUCAGUUUUUGCUGAAAAUUAUAAGGAUGAAAAGUGCUUACUAUGUGGUGGAGUUUCUAGUGCUUGUAGAAGUGAUCUUGAGAGGAGGAGAAGCUCUCAGCAUGAACUACUAUGGCAUGAGUUGCCCCUUCGUGGAGCCGAUCGUGAGGAUCGUCGUGAACCAAGCUUUGCACAAGGAUCCAACACUUGCUGCAGGGCUUCUUAGGCUUCACUUCCAUGAUUGCUUUGUGCAGGGGUGUGAUGCCUCAGUUCUACUUGAUUCGACAAGCGGUAACACAGCAGAGAAGGACUCGCCUGUGAAUCUAAGCCUACGAGGCUACGAAGUGAUCGACCAAGCGAAAAAGUUCCUCGAAAUGCAAUGCCCUGGAAUCGUUUCGUGCGCAGAUAUCGUCGCACUAGCAGCUAGAGAUGCAGUUUUCUGGGCCGGAGGUCCAUAUUACGAUAUCGUCAAGGGGCGAAAAGAUGGGACGAGGUCGAAGCAGGAAGACACUUUUACGAGCCUGCCGGCACCGACACUCAAUACCACGGGGCUCAUCAAUGUGUUCAGUCAGCAUGGAUUCACGGUUUGGGAGUUGGUGGCUUUGUCCGGUGGCCACACCUUAGGUGUUGCAAGGUGCUCAUCAUUCAAAAGUCGGCUCAGCAGCUUCGACUCGACCCACGACGUCGACCCGAGCAUGGACCCUACCUUCGCGAAGACCCUGUUGAACACUUGCAGCGCCGGAGACAGCGCGGCCCAGCCCUUCGACGCGACGACGAACUCCUUCGACAACCUCUACUUCAGUGCACUACAGAAAGGCGACGGCGUGCUCUUUUCAGACCAAACACUAUAUGUUUCCCCUCAAACUCAACAAAUUGUGAACUUCUUUGCGAUGAACCAAGCCAUCUUCUUCUUCAACUUCCAACAAGGGAUGAUGAAGAUGGGGUCUCUUGAUGUCAAGGAGGGGAGUCAAGGAGAAGUUAGGGCGAAUUGCCGCAAGAUCAAUUGAUGCAAUUGCCCUCUUUUUGGUACUAGUGCAUGCUUUGUGUUGCUAAGGAACUUAAAAGUGUAUGAUCAGUAUGUGAUCCUUUUAGUGUUGUGUUAAUAGAUAGGUAACAACUUGAAUAAAAAGAUGUAUGGAACUUUAGUGCGCAGCAACAUAUAGAUAGUGUUGCAUGCAUGUGUAAUAGGGAUAUACUUGUAGGGAAACGGGCAGUAGCUAAGCUAUAUAUGAUGUAGUUUUAAUGGUAUAUAUAAGAUAAGAUUUGACUUUGUCAUGUCAAUGCAAGAGAAAUUUCAGUCUCAAGAA